GCUCCCCAUCAUUACGAAAGCUCUACCCUUAACGUGUAUUAGUAGCAACUUUAACUCUCUCCAACUCCAACUCUCUCAUCUCUCGCCAACAAUUUUCCAACUAGACUCAUGCAAGUCGAGUUCAGUGCGCCGUCGCACCAAUGCAACCAGGUUAGUUCGAGUUGAACCGUGCUGGGCUGCGUACGCACACGUAAGUUAAGCUGAGUCUAGAGUGGUUGUGUGGUGAAGAAGUAGAACACAACUCCAGGGAGCUUUUUGCUGUGCUCCACAUAGAGCAGUGCUGCGAAAACUUUGCAACGGGGGGAAGCUUUAUUGUUUGAUUUUCAUCCAUUUUCUUUUUCUGGUUGAGUGAGGAAAAGUCACCGCACUUUGGGAGGGGUGUUUUUGGGGGAGACAAAUGGGCAGGUUUUUGAUUGUGUGAUCGUCAAAGUUUGGAAUGUCGUCUGCUGCUGCUUAGUGUGAUAUCGAAGAUCGAGGAAAAAGGGUGAAAAAAUAUUCAAAUUAGGAGAAAAAAAAUAUUUCUCCACCCAUUUUCGGAUCGGAGUGUGAGUGUAAUUAACGGCAUUUUAUCUCUUCAGAAAUAACAAAAUAAGGAAGGAAGAAGAAGUGAAGUGAAAGAAGAAUACACACACACACGGGGCUCAUCUGGAGAAGAGGUGCGCCGCCGACGAGCAGUGGAGAAAGAAAAGUUAAGAAGAGUUUAAGUAUAGAAAGUCAAAAGAUACGCACAUACAUACUCACACAUACACGCGCAUGUGAGGUGAGCUGAAGUUGAGAGGAAAAUAAGAAAAGUUUUUUGGAAGCUGCGCCGUGUUUCUGGAACGAGUUCAAGUGUGAUCUGCGUGGAUCGUGUGCAGUGACUUUGCUCUGGGAGUUAAUUGGAUUACGCGAGAGAGAGGCAGCAAAAAAAAAGCUCUCUUAAGGGCCACCGACUCAUCAUCCCAAUUGAUUAAAUCGGAAGUCAAUGUGGCGACAAGAUGGUUAUUGUUACACGGGGUGACUACAUAUGGAUCGAGCCCGUGUCCGGACGCGAAUUCGAUGUGGCCAUCGGAGCCCGGGUCAUCUCGGCCGAGGGUCGCCGCAUCCAGGUCCGCGACGACGAUGGGAACGAACUGUGGCUCACACCGGAACGCCGCAUCAAGGCGAUGCACGCGUCCUCGGUGCAGGGCGUCGAGGACAUGAUCAGCCUUGGCGACCUGCACGAGGCCGGCAUCCUGCGGAACUUGCUGAUCCGGUACAAUGACAACCUGAUCUACACCUACACCGGAUCGAUUCUGGUCGCGGUCAACCCGUACCAGAUCCUGCCCAUCUACACCGCAGACCAGAUCAAGCUGUACAAGGAACGCAAGAUUGGAGAGCUUCCGCCGCACAUUUUCGCCAUCGGGGACAACUCGUACGCGCACAUGCGUCGCUAUGGCCAGGACCAGUGCAUCGUCAUCUCCGGUGAGUCCGGCGCGGGCAAGACCGAGAGUACAAAGCUGAUCUUGCAGUACCUGGCGGCGAUCAGUGGGAAGCACUCGUGGAUCGAGCAGCAGAUUCUCGAGGCGAACCCGAUUCUGGAAGCGUUCGGUAACGCCAAAACGGUCCGUAACGACAACUCGUCCCGGUUCGGCAAGUACAUCGACAUCCACUUUAAUAACAGUGGCGUGAUCGAGGGUGCCAAGAUCGAGCAGUACCUGCUGGAAAAGUCUCGAAUUGUUUCGCAGAACGCAGAGGAGCGAAACUACCACAUCUUCUACUGUCUUCUCGCCGGGUUGUCCCACGAGGAGAAGCGCAAACUGGACCUAGGUCAAGCGUCCGACUAUCGGUAUCUAACCGGUGGAGGUUGCAUCAAGUGCGACGGUCGUAACGAUGCGGCGGAAUUUGCCGAUAUUCGAUCGGCUAUGAAGGUGCUCUGCUUCUCGGAUCAUGAAAUCUGGGAGAUUCUCAAGCUUCUAGCAGCACUGCUUCACACCGGAAAUAUCAAGUACAGAGCCACAGUUAUAGACAACCUGGAUGCAACCGAAAUCCCGGAACACAUCAACGUAGAACGAGUUGCGAGUCUGCUCGAAGUCCCACUCCAACCAUUCAUCGAUGCCCUCACUCGAAAGACACUCUUCGCUCACGGAGAAACGGUAGUGUCCACCUUGUCACGCGAUCAGUCUAUGGACGUUCGGGAUGCCUUCGUCAAAGGAAUCUACGGACGGCUGUUCGUCCUGAUCGUGAAGAAGAUCAACUCGGCGAUCUACAAGCCGAAAUCCACAACCAGAAGUGCGAUCGGCGUUCUGGACAUCUUCGGCUUCGAGAACUUCAACCAGAACAGCUUCGAGCAGUUCUGCAUCAACUUUGCCAACGAAAACCUGCAGCAAUUCUUCGUGCAGCACAUCUUCAAGCUGGAGCAGGAAGAGUACAAUCACGAGAGCAUUAAUUGGCAACACAUCGAGUUCGUAGACAACCAGGACGCACUGGAUUUGAUCGCCAUCAAGCAGCUCAACAUCAUGGCGCUGAUUGACGAGGAGUCCAAGUUUCCCAAGGGUACCGACCAAACCAUGCUGGCCAAGCUGCACAAAACUCACGGAACCCACAGAAACUAUCUCAAGCCCAAGUCCGACAUCAACACCAGCUUCGGGUUGAACCACUUUGCCGGGGUUGUGUUCUACGAUACCCGAGGUUUCCUGGAGAAGAACCGUGACACCUUCAGCGCUGACCUGCUCCAACUUAUCUCCAGCUCGACCAAUCGCUUCCUCCAGAUGGUAUUCGCUGAGGAUAUCGGAAUGGGUGCGGAGACCCGCAAGCGCACCCCAACCCUGUCCACUCAGUUCAAGAAGAGCUUGGACUCGCUGAUGAAGACCCUCAGCCAGUGUCAGCCUUUCUUCAUACGGUGUAUCAAACCGAACGAGCUAAAGAAGCCGAUGAUGUUCGAUCGAGCUCUCUGCUGUCGACAGCUUCGUUACUCCGGUAUGAUGGAAACGAUCCGUAUUCGUCGAGCUGGCUACCCAAUACGACACAACUUCCGGGACUUUGUCGAGCGAUAUCGGUUCCUGAUCAACGGAGUACCACCAGCUCACCGAACUGACUGCCGGAUGGCGACCUCGAAAAUCUGCGCAACUGUGCUGGGACGAUCCGACUACCAGCUAGGUCACACCAAGGUCUUCCUGAAGGACGCCCACGAUCUGUUUCUGGAGCAGGAGCGUGAUCGCGUGUUGACGAGGAAGAUCCUGAUCCUUCAGCGAUCGAUUCGCGGGUGGGUCUACCGUCGGCGGUUCUUGCGCAUGCGUCAAGCAGCCAUCACAAUUCAGAAAUUCUGGAAGGGAUACGCGCAGCGACAACGCUACAAGAAGAUGAAGAUUGGUUACAUGCGACUGCAGGCGUUGAUUCGAUCGCGAGUGCUCAGUCACCGGUUCCGUCAUCUGCGAGGCCACAUCGUGCGAUUGCAGGCUCGGAUUCGAGGGUAUUUGGUGCGGCGCGAGUACGGGCACAAGAUGUGGGCGGUUAUCAAGAUCCAAUCGCACGUACGGAGGAUGAUCGCCAUGAAGCGAUAUCAGAAGCUUAAGCUGGAGUAUCGACGACACCACGAGGCGUUACGAAUGCGCAGGAUGGAGGAGGAAGAACUGAAGCAUCAAGGUAACAAGCGAGCCCGGGAGAUUGCCGAGCAGCACUACCGAGAUCGGUUGAACGAGAUCGAGCGGAAGGACAUGGAGCAAGAAAUGGAAGAUCGUCGCCGGGUGGAGGUGAAGAAGAACAUCAUCAACGACGCAGCCAGGAAGGCAGACGAACCAGUAGACGAUAGCAAACUGGUGGAGGCCAUGUUUGACUUUCUGCCAGACUCGAGCAGUGAAGCUCCAACGCCACACGGUGGUCGCGAAACGUCGGUGUUCAACGAUCUGCCAGUGAACCAAGACAACCACGAAGAUAUUAUCGGACCCAUUCACACAAUCUCCGAAGACGAAGAAGACUUGUCUGAAUUCAAGUUCCAAAAGUUUGCCGCCACAUACUUCCAGGGCAACAUUACUCAUUACUAUUCUCGAAAACCGCUGAAGCAUCCCUUGCUGCCGUUGCACACGCAAGGCGAUCAACUGGCUGCACAAGCGCUGUGGAUCACGAUCUUACGGUUCACUGGAGACCUACCAGAGCCACGCUACCACACGAUGGACCGUGACAAUACGUCCGUCAUGUCCAAGGUUACAGCCACCCUGGGUCGUAACUUUAUCCGGAGCAAAGAAUUUCAGGAAGCACAAAUGAUGGGACUCGAUCCGGAAGCAUUUAUGAAGCAAAAGCCACGAUCAAUCCGACACAAGCUAGUGUCAUUGACGCUGAAGCGCAAGAACAAACUCGGCGAAGACGUGCGACGUCGUCUGCAAGACGAAGAGUACACCGCCGAUAGCUACCAGUCCUGGUUAGAAUCUCGCCCUACGUCCAACCUGGAAAAGCUGCACUUUAUCAUCGGCCAUGGCAUUCUGCGAGCCGAACUCCGCGAUGAAAUCUACUGCCAAAUCUGCAAGCAGCUUACCAACAAUCCGUCCAAGUCAUCCCACGCUCGAGGUUGGAUCCUGCUGUCCCUGUGCGUCGGUUGCUUCGCACCGUCCGAAAAGUUCGUCAACUACCUCCGAUCGUUCAUCCGCGAAGGACCUCCCGGGUACGCUCCGUACUGCGAGGAUCGCCUCAAGCGAACCUUCAACAACGGAACUCGAAAUCAACCCCCGUCGUGGUUGGAACUUCAGGCAACCAAGUCGAAGAAACCGAUCAUGCUGCCGAUCACCUUCAUGGACGGCAACACGAAAACGCUGCUCGCGGACUCCGCCACUACGGCGCGGGAGUUGUGCAACCAACUGUCGGACAAGAUCGCCCUGAAGGAUCAGUUUGGAUUCUCGCUGUACAUUGCACUGUUUGACAAGGUUUCGUCACUUGGUAGCGGUGGUGAUCACGUGAUGGACGCAAUCUCACAGUGUGAACAGUACGCCAAGGAGCAGGGUGCUCAGGAACGGAACGCCCCUUGGAGGUUGUUCUUCCGGAAGGAGAUCUUCGCUCCGUGGCACAAUCCGAUCGAGGAUCAGGUGGCUACGAACUUGAUCUACCAACAGGUGGUUCGUGGGGUCAAGUUUGGUGAGUAUCGGUGCGACAAGGAGGAAGAUCUGGCGAUGAUCGCCGCCCAGCAGUACUACAUCGAGUACAACACUGACAUGUCGAUGGAUCGGUUGUACACGCUGCUGCCGAACUUUAUCCCGGACUACUGUCUUACGGGUAUAGAGAAAGCUAUCGAUCGUUGGGCGGCGUUGGUCUUGCAGGCGUACAAGAAGAGCUACUACCUCAAGGACAAAGCACAAGCGUUGAAGGUCAAGGAGGACGUCGUCAGCUAUGCCAAGUACAAGUGGCCGUUGCUGUUUUCCCGGUUCUAUGAAGCUUAUAGAAAUUCCGGUCCGAACCUGCCGAAGAACGACGUGAUCAUCGCCGUCAACUGGACGGGUGUGUACGUGGUCGACGAUCAGGAACAGGUGCUGUUGGAGUUGUCCUUCCCGGAGAUUACGGCCGUGUCGAGUCAAAAGACGAACAAGGUCUUUACGCAAACCUUUUCGCUGUCUACGGUGCGGAACGAGGAGUUUACCUUCCAGAGUCCGAACGCCGAGGAUAUCAGGGAUUUGGUGGUGUACUUCUUGGAGGGGUUGAAGAAACGCUCAAAAUAUGUGAUAGCACUGCAAGACUACAAGGCACCGGGAGAAGGUACAAGCUUCCUGUCGUUCCUGAAAGGUGAUUUGAUCAUCUUGGAGGAGGAAAGUACCGGGGAGACCGUCCUGAACUCCGGUUGGUGUAUAGGAUGCUGCGAGCGAACUCAGGAACGUGGUGACUUCCCUGCGGAGAUCGUUUACGUGCUUCCGACACUGACCAAACCCCCGCCGGACAUCUUAGCAUUGUUCAGCGUAGAAGACGCUCACCACGGCAAGCGACUCAACUCGAUCCAUUCCAACGGGGGCACGGAAACCCGCGAGCGGCCACACACCUUAGCCGACUACUCGCUAGAUCACUUCCGGCCACCUCCAAAGCGCACCAUGUCCAAGGCACUGUCCACAUUGAGUUCGAAGCGCGGUGGAGACGAGCUGUGGCGUUACUCGAGGGAUCCGUUGAAGCAACCGCUGCUGAAGAAGCUGCUGGCAAAGGAAGAGCUCGCCGAGGAAGCUUGCUUGGCGUUCAUCGCCAUCAUGAAGUACAUGGGAGAUCUGCCAUCGAAGCGACCUCGGAUCGGGAACGAAGUGACGGACCACAUCUACGAUGGUCCACUGAAGCACGAAAUCCUGCGUGACGAGAUCUACUGCCAGUUGAUGAAGCAGCUGACGGAGAACCGAAAUCGUGUGUCGGAAGAACGUGGCUGGGAGUUGAUGUGGCUAUCGACGGGUCUGUUCGCCUGCAGUCAGCAGUUGCUCAAGGAGCUGACGCUGUUCCUGCGAAGUCGUCGCCACCCCAUUUCGCAAGACUCGCUGCACCGUCUACAGAAGACCAUCCGCAACGGCCAGCGCAAGUACCCGCCCCACCAGGUCGAGGUCGAAGCGAUUCAACACAAAACGACCCAGAUCUUCCACAAGGUGUACUUCCCGGACGACACGGACGAGGCGUUCGAGGUGGACUCGUCAACGCGGGCGAAAGAUUUCUGCCAGAACAUUUCACAGCGGCUCAACUUGCGGUCCAGUGAAGGUUUUAGCUUGUUUGUAAAAAUAGCCGACAAGGUGAUAUCAGUGCCAGAAGGAGACUUCUUCUUCGACUUUGUACGCCAUCUGACCGACUGGAUCAAGAAGGCCCGGCCGACGCGGGACGGCACGAAUCCGCAGUUUACGUACCAGGUGUUCUUCAUGAAGAAACUGUGGACGAACACGGUACCGGGCAAGGACAAGAACGCCGAUCUGAUCUUCCACUACCACCAGGAGCUGCCGAAGCUGCUGCGCGGGUACCACAAGUGCUCCAAGGAGGAAGCGGUCAAGCUGGCGGCGCUGGUCUACCGGGUGCGGUUCGGCGAGAGCAAGCAGGAGUUGCAGGCGAUUCCUCAAAUGCUGCGGGAGUUGGUCCCCUCGGAUCUGAUCAAGCUGCAAACGACCAACGACUGGAAGCGGUCGAUCGUGGCUGCGUACAACCAGGACGCAGGCAUGUCCCCAGAGGACGCCAAAAUCACCUUCCUCAAGAUUGUCUACAGAUGGCCAACUUUCGGAUCGGCGUUCUUCGAGGUCAAGCAAACCACGGAACCCAACUAUCCGGAGAUGCUCCUGAUUGCCAUCAACAAGCAUGGCGUUAGUCUGAUCCAUCCAAGCUCAAAGGACAUUCUGGUCACCCACCCGUUCACGCGCAUUUCCAACUGGUCCUCGGGGAACACGUACUUCCACAUGACGAUCGGCAACCUGGUGCGCGGUUCGAAGCUGCUCUGCGAGACGUCCCUCGGCUACAAGAUGGACGACCUGCUCACGUCCUACAUUUCACUGAUGCUGACCAACAUGAACAAACAGCGAACGAUUAGGAUUAAGUGAGCCAGUUUAGAAGCGUUUUUUUUUCUUCGUUUGUUUUUAAAGUAACUUGGACGAACUUUUUGUUUUUCGUUGGCUGGCUUCGAGUAUUUAUUUUGUUUGAGCUUUGCUUACUUUUUUUGUUUUAGCUUGCACAAGCAGCAUUAUUAUCGUAAUAGGAGCAUUAGAACAAAUUGUGUAAUCCCAAAAAAAGGAAGCUUAGGCCAGGGAUCGCACUUCGAUUCUACCUUGAUAUUAGCGAGAUCAAACAUAUCACCUUAAUGUUAAGCCCUCUUCAAAUCGUUGUAUAGAAGUUAAUGCUAUCAAAAUUGUAAAAUAUUCUUAAUUGUACACUUUCGGCAUGUUUUAAAUUACUAUCGGUGACCUUUUAUUAGCCAUUUUAGCUUACACAUAAUGCUGUUCGUUUUACUUCACCCUCCCAAAAACAAACGCUUUUAUUUAUUCACACACAUUCCAGCUGAGCUACCACUCAAAACUCUCCAAACACUAUACUGUUAGAAUUUAAGUUAAACCAUUUUGCCAGCCUAAGUAACUUCAAGAAUAAUCCGGAUGAGGAAGAUAAAAAUCGGUGCGGAUAAACGGCAAAAUAGUAAAUAAACUUAGUCGUCAAAAUUUCAAGCUUUCAAGCCUAUAUCAAGCAAAAAAGCGUGGCAACGCGAUACGCAGAAACGUGCUCAAAUUUUGGUGUGCGAUCGGUGGAGUGGCUGAGGAAUUGUAUGAAUGGGCCAUGGAGUGUGAUUGCGGGGUUUUCAGUUAUAUGUUGAAUGAUUGCGGCUGAAUGCAAGGCUUGGUAUAGGGAAUGCUCUAGGUGGAUUUAUUUUUGUAUGUAAUAAGAUUCAAUAUUUUUGUAAUUUUAAUAUGACCUUGUUAUGCAUACCUUUAUUACUAUUUACUAUAAAUGAACGAUUAUACAAUAAAUGCUACAUAGUGAAAUAAA